AUGGAGUAUGACUCCUACGAUGAGGGCGGGUCGGACGAGGAAUUGCCCUCCGCGGAGCUUGCCCCCUCUGGGUCCUCUGCCGUUGCCCUAGGCCAAGUUAAGAUCCCCCCUGGGGACAGUAAGGCCAUUUUAGACCCCCAGGGAAACCCACUGUUCGACCCUGACGACCUGCGUCACCCACGGUCAGCAGAGUGGGUCCCCCCGGACCAUAUUGCGCAAUAUGUGGCUAAACGCCUGCGCACACCCCUCUCCAAGGAGGGUCGCAACAAGUUGCGUGCCGAAUGCCCUAGGCCCUCUCUCCCGGGCUCGGCCUGUAAGACUCCGGAUAUUGACCCCCAAAUCGCCCAGUUUCUGAAUAAAUCAGGCUGGAAGCCCAAGAAGGGUUUGGAUUACUCCCUCAAGGGAUGCCAAGAUAAGAUAUUGGAUACCCUGGGCCCUCUGUCUAAGCUGUACGAGCUGCUAGAUGCCGCUAGGGCUGGAGACUCGGUUAUGGAUGUCGAUGUGGCCAUUGGAUGGGUCCAGAGGGCGAUCUGCCUCUUGGGGAAUGCAAAUACCGCCAUGUCUUCUGAGAGGCGUAAGGCGAUUCUCCUUAAAAUCGAUCCCAAAUUGGCUGCCAUGACGGUGGCGGAACCUGACCCCUCUGACGAGGGUUUACUGUUUGGAACCUCUUUCGUGAAGGACCUUGGUUCCUAUGUAAAGACCUUUACGGCCAUUGACAAGGCCCAGGCGAAUAUGAAGCGCAUGUUUGCGCCCAAGGUUUUCGGAGGGGCCGGGCGUAGCAGGAACCGUCCACCCGGCCGGGGCUUCCGUGGCUCGUUCAGGGCCUCCAGAGGUUCCUUCUUUCCUUCCCGAGGAUUUCAAGAUACGAGGUCGCCUCCUUUCUUCCCAGCCAGAGGGAGAUCCUGGGGCUCCAGGUAUCCCCGUGGUGCCGCUUCGGGCAGACGCCCUUAUGGUGAGUACCCAUUUUUCCCCUCUCGAUCAUGUACGGGUGGCAGGGAGGCUUGCCUUAUUCUACCAUGGGUGGACAAAUAUAACCUCAGAUGCUUGGGUUCUGCAAUGUGUAAAGGGUUAUCACCUGGAGUUCGUUUCUAUGCCUGUCCAGGUUCGCGUCCCCAGAGAGUUGUCCCUCCCACAGGAUCAGGACGUCAUGAUUUCCAAGGAGGUAGAGGAGAUGCUCACGAAAGGUGCCAUAGAAGAGAUGCCGUUGGCCUCUCCGGGCUUCACGAGCAAUCUUUUUCUGGUGCCAAAGAAAGGGGGCGGGGUUCGUCCCGUGAUAAAUCUUCGUCCCCUCAACGCAUUUCUCCACUACCAACAUUUCCAGAUGGAGGGUAUACACUGCCUCAGAGACCUCCUUCGGCAAUCAGAUUGGUUGGCCAAGUUGGAUCUGAAGGACGCAUACUUUACAGUCCCCAUCGCGCUGGACUGCAGGGAUUACCUCCACUUCACGUGGCACGGUCGACGCUGGCGCUUCACGUGCCUGCCGUUCGGUCUCUCGUCGGCCCCUUGGUGUUUCACCAAACUCAUGAAGCCAGUAAUGGCUUACCUUCGUACCCGUGGGGUGCGACUGAUCGUUUACCUGGACGACAUAUUGAUCAUGUCCCAAUCCAGGGAAUCUCUGCUGUUACAUUUGGGUUGGACAACCAACCUUCUCCAAAAUUUGGGUUUUCUGAUCAACUGGGACAAGUCGGUCAUGAUCCCUACCCAGUCUAUAGAAUUCUUGGGUUUCCAAGUGGACUCCAUCAGGCAAUUCCUGUACUUGCCGGAGUCCAAGAUGAAGGCCAUUCAGAAGGAGCUCCGAAGGGCUCUUCGGGUGCCGGAUAUGUCCGUCAGGCAACUGGCAAGGAUUAUCGGCCUUCUGGCGGCUUCGAUUCAGGCGAUCUUUCCGGGCCCGCUACACUAUCGUGCCCUCCAACGACUCAAGGGUUCACACCUGCGUUCGGGCCACUCCUACGAGUCCCGAAUACGGCUGGACGACGAGUCCAGAGACGAGUUGGUAUGGUGGUUGGCACACAUGGAGGCCUGGAACGGACGGGCCAUCUUCGGCUCGAUCCCGGAUGUCGUAAUAGAAUCCGAUGCCAGCUUACACGGCUGGGGUGCUCGUUGUGGAGACGUUUCCACCGGAGGCAGAUGGUCCGACAUAGAGAGGUCCCUACACAUCAAUUGUCUGGAACUGCUGGCGGGGGCCUUCGCGAUACGCAGUCUGACCCCAGGCCGGGCAGACUGUUGCGUGCUCCUCAAGAUGGACAAUGUGUCGGCAGUCCGGUACAUAAAUCAUCUUGGGGGCACCAAGUCCAGAAUGUUGGCGCUAUUGGCGAAGGAUUUCUGGCAAUUUUGUCUCCUCAACAACGUCUCGGUGCAGGCGGAACACAUCCCAGGCCUGGACAAUUCGGGAGCGGAUUGGAAUUCCAGGCACUUAAGAGACUCGGGAGAUUGGCACUUGCACGUUUCGGUUUUCCGAGGUCUGGACAGUCUCUGGGGACGCUUCGAGUUGGACCUGUUCGCUUCACGUCUGAACACUCAACUCCCUGCGUUUUACAGCUGGAGGCCAGACCCGGCAGCAGUAGCGACGGACGCCUUUCUCCAAGACUGGCCUCCGGGACGCCUGUAUGCCUUCCCACCGUUCAACAUGAUCGCUCGCACGAUAUCGAAGUUGAUCCGGCACGAUUGCUGCCUGGUACUGAUCACACCUCUUUGGAGGUCCCGUCCAUGGUUCCCACGCUUGAUGGAGUUGUCGAUAGACUACCCCAGACUGAUUCCGAGCUUCCAGGAUCUCCUCCUGGAUCCGGAUGGGAACUCGCACGGACUGGUGCUCCGACACCAGCUACCUCUGAUGGCGUGGCUCCUUUCAGGGGUACCUGGGUUGUCCCGAACGUUUCGCGGACGACUCUACAACUCCUCGAUAACGCCUGGGCUCCAGGUACGCGAUCGGCCUACCGCUCUUCAUGGGGCUCAUGGUCUGGUUGGUGCAUGGAACGGGCAGUGGAUCCCGUAUCUGCCCCUCUCCAUCUGAUUUUGGAGUACCUCACUUUUCUGUUUGAUUCGGGCAAGGCGUAUCGAACUAUCAACCUUUUUCGUUCCGCUAUAUCAGCUGGUCAUGUUGGUUUGGAUGGUUCGCCCGUGGGCAGACACCCCUUCGUGUGUCGCCUGCUCAAGGGCAUUCGCCUCGCCCGUCCGCCCAAGGCUCGUUUCUCUGCCUUUUGGGACGUUAACAUUAUGCUUCAGUUUCUGUCUUCCUGGUACCCGAACCAGGGGCUGACCCUUAAGCAACUGUCUUCCAAGUUGGUUAUGUUGCUUUGUUUGGUUUCAUGUAAGAGGGUUUCUGACGUUAGGGCCCUUGAUUGGGACACCGUUACCUUCUCCCCUGAGGGUGUGACUUUUAACAUUUCCAGACGGACUAAAUCUGCGUCAAGGUCUUUCGUGUACCCUAGAUUCCAAAGAUGUCCGGCACUCUGUCCAGUGGAGUGUUUGAAGGUCUAUAUGGAGGUGACCCGGCCUCUUCGCUCACCAGAUCUACGACCUUUGUUCAUUUCUUUUCGUACACCGCAUCGACCUGUGUCGACACCGACCCUGGCGCGUUGGGUGCGUUGGCUUUUGUCUGCGGCUGGUAUAGACACGUCUAUCUUUACACCCCAUUCGGUGAGGGGUGCUAUGGCUUCCAAGGCUUCGACAGUCGGCUGUCGUCUGGAGGACAUCAUGCGUGCAGCGGAUUGGUCUCGAGAGUCGACCUUCCGUGACUUCUACUUCAGACCUAUUGAGCACAUCGCAUCUCAGGUGAUAGCACAGCUUUGAACUUGCAUAAUAUGAGCCUCCGUGUCUUUAAUAAAAUUCCCAGAUUUUACUAUUAACAUGACGUAAAGUCAUGAUUUUAUUAAAGACACGGAGGCGAGUAUUAUUCCCUCCCACCCUCCCGGUGUGGGGUAUGGAGCGAGAUGCGAUUGGUGUACUCAGGUAUGUUGAGAUUUGGCCUGCCUUGUGAGUACUUCAUGUGUUGUAUUGCAUAUACUGAUUAAUUAUGUCUAUUAUAUUUUUCAGAUUUCAUUCCUUUAACCAUAUGAAUGGUCGUUAGUUUUGUAUUGGUAAGUCCACAGUUUGGAGUUUGGUUAUUACCAUAUUUCUCUCUCUUUUUUAGCUUGAAAUUGUCGGAUUGUUCCAGUUCCCGGUUUUGGCCAAGCAAGAUAUCGUUUUACUUACCUGGUCUUCGGUUUUCGCAAGAAAGAGGGGGAUUGUGGGAGACACAGGCUUUAUAUAGUCACUUCCUCUGUUAUGUGAUUGGUUGCCUGUGUAUCUAUGCAGUUUUUUCUUUCAUUUUUGAUAUAUUUAUAUUCCUCUAUCUUUGCUGCUGAGGAAAUAAAGAAAGAGUUAUGCAUAAUACUCGCCUCCGUGUCUUUAAUAAAAUCAUGACUUUACGUCAUGUUAAUAGUAAAAUCUGGGAAUUACGGUGUUACAAUUUUUUGUUACCAUCCAACUCUUGUAGCGCAAUCUAGCAGUUUAUUUAGAACAUACAUCUAGACCAGGAGUUCCCAAUUAAUUUUUCCCAUGAAACCCUUUGACAUAAUGUAUGAACAUCGUGGAAACCCCCCCUGAAAAAAAAAAGUGCCGUUUUUUUGAAUGUGUCAGUGUGUAUAUCUGUGCUUGUAUGUGCCAGUGUGUGUAUGUGUAUAUCUGACACACAGAUACACACACACAUUUUGACACACAGUGUGCAUGUGUGUGUGUGUGUGUGUGUAUGUAUGUAUCUAUCUGUGUGUCAAGGUGUGUCAAAGUGUGUGUAUCUGUGUUUGUAUGUGUCUGUGUAUCAAGGUGUGUGUAUCUGUGUUUGUAUGUGCCAGUGUGUAUGAAUCUGACACACAGAUACACACACACUGGCAGAGAGUGGCACACAGAUACACACACUGACACAGAUACACACACCUUGACACAAAGUGUGUAUCUGUGUGUGUAUGUAUCUGUGUGUCAAGGUGUGUGUAUCUAUGUUUGUAUGUGCCGAUGUGUCAAGGUAUGUAUAUCUGUAUUUAUAUGCGUCAGUGUGUGUAUCUCUGUGUCAGUGUGUAUCUGUGUGUGUGUACGUGUAUAUGUAUCUGACACACAGAUACACAAACACACAAUGAAACACAGAUACACACUGACACACACAUACACACACAUCUUGAGUCACAAAUACACACACACUCAGAUACACAUAAUAACAUAUACACACAAUUGCACCCACAGAUACACACUGGCACAUACACACACUGACACAUACAGACACACACACACUGCUACACACACACAGGCACAUACAAACACACUGAUACACACUGGCACAUACACACACACUGACACAUACACAAACCUUGACACACAAAUACACACUCAGACACACAUACUCUUUGACAGACACAUACACGCUCACUGACAAACACACAUACUCUUUUACAGACACAAAUACACGCUCACUGACAAGCACACAUUUACUCUCAUUGACAAACAUACAUAUACUCUUUGACAGACACACAAACUCCCUAACAGACACUCAUACAAUUAUUUUUAUCUUUAUUAUUAAUUUUUAUCUUUAGGAGUGCUGGCAUGGAGUCCCUGUGGUCCAGGUGGGCGCUGUUGAGCGGUCCCUGGGGACCAGUGGGGCUGCUCAGCAGCUGGCGUGAGGGCGGCGAGGGAGCAGUGAUCUCUCUGCUCAGCUCCCACACACGCCUCUUAGUGAUGCCGGAGUGACAUCAUAUUCCGGCUCCAGCAUCAAUGCUGUGCGUGCGAGGGAGCUGAGCAGGGAGAUCACUGGUCCCUCGCCGCCUGUGGCCAUUUUAUUUUUUUUAUCUUUUGGCGGAACACCAAUUGAGAAACUCUGAUCUAGACUUCAUCCUCAGUGACUUUCGUUUCUAUUCUCCACUAUUUUGAAUUUUUCUAGUAUAUGUAAAAUCCAUAUAGCAAAAUUUUUGUACUAAUACCACCCCCUUUUGUUCUCCCGGGUUUUUACCUUUUUAAUUAUACUUAUUAAAUGUUAUAUUUUAUAUGUGUUAUUUUACUAUAUCAGUGAUUCCAUUAGGACAGAUUAUGCUCUCUCGCUCUCUUAUCUAAAUUGUCCCCAAGGGUUAUUUCUCGUAUAUAUAUCUAUAGCUUCCUACAUGUUCUUUUUUGUAAUUCACUUUGCAUUUAUUUACUAACAAACAAGUUAUGGAGAAUUAAAAUCCAAAUGGUAAAUUAAGGUCAGCUUGUGUUGCAGUAUAGAAUAAUCCAGUAAUUUGCAUAUUUACUCUGCUAUUGCUUGGUUAACAAUCUCCUACUGACUACAGAUUUGCAAUUUCCUGGUGAAUUCCACACAUAUCUCACAGUUUAAUGAAAACCCUAACACUUGGUGUCAAUGCUCGGUCUAUUCACUAAACGGUGAUUUGCAGCGAGCAGGAAACCCACAUUCAAACUUCAGGCUGGAAUGGGUGAAAGAAAUCCACCCUCCAGCCCAGCCUGAACAGCAAAGCUCAGCUCCCCAUCCACUCAGUGUGCACAGGACUAGAGCCCCAAAGCAUGUCGGGAGCUCGUGUCCGCGCACAGGAUUGUGGGAGCUCGGAACGCCAGGCUCAGCGGAUGACGCAUGCGCCGUGUCCCCGCCGCGCGGCAUUGUGGGUCGCGAUGUGAGUGGCGCAGGGUCGGAGUUGCCGCCAUCUUGUCGUCAUUGGUUGGCUGCUGUACGGCGCAGGCCGCAGGUCGGAAUUUACCGGACGAACAGCCGCCGUGUGCCGGUUUACCCACUCCAGUGUCACCGCGGGGACAUGGGCCGCUCGCGCAGCCGCAGUUCGUCCAGGUCGAAGCACGUGAAGAGCAGCAAGCACAACAAGAAGCGGAGUCGGUCCCGGGAGAAAGAGCGGGUCAGGAAACGCUCCAAGUCCCGGGAGAGCAAGAGGAACCGGCGCCGGGAGUCUCGGUCAAGGUCUCGGUCUAACACGGCUUCCCGCAGGGAACGGGAGAGGCCAUCUUCCCCGCCGGACAGGAUCGACAUAUUCGGGCGCAAUCUGAGUAAGAGGAGCUCCCUGGACGAGAAGCAGAAGCGGGAGGAUGAGGAGAAGAAGCUGGAGUACGAGAGGCAGCGGCGGAUGUGAGUGUGUGGCUGGGAGUGCUGGGGGUGUGGGAGUGCGAGUGCUGGGGGUCUCUGUGAUGGAGCAGGCCCUGGCUAGCGCUAAUCUGGCUUGGGCCUAGGGUGACUGCACAUGGCAUCAUGGGAAACGUAGUGCAGAGCAGCUGGAGUGCCAUUGAGGGGCUGAACUGCGGCCAUGUUAUCUGUAAAAUGCAGCUUAAUCCCACUGGGGCAGGCCAGGCCUAAAGGGAGGUAGUUUUGACAUUCUGGACAGGCAAGCCAUGUGGUAGUUCUGCAGUGGGGCUAUUAUUUUUUUUUUGUUGUUGCAUUGAUCAUUUUAGGUGAAUUGUUAAAAGGCGGAGUAUUAUGUGAAACCAUAAAAGUUUGAAAUGCCAAACAAUUAGGCGUCACAGAUCUUGAAAUUCCAGUGCAAUUAAAGUAUACCAAAAGGCAAAUUUAGGACUACAGUGAAGAUGGCAGUACCUUUCAGGGAGAGAUUCAGGUAAGCAUAGCUUCUCCCACUGGCUUCUACAACACAAGUUCUCCUAUAAACUUUUUAUUAUUAUUAUUUUUCAGCAAAAUAUGCAGACUCCAAAAAGUGACAAGUGUUUAGUCCAUGUUUUUAACUGCAUUAAUUGGGUUAGCAAGUCAGGUGACAUGUUCAACCAAUAAAUUCAGUUGCUUUUUAAAUCUUUCACCCAUUGCAGGUGGAAGUUAAAACAUUUAACUGUGACUGGCUGUGGAACAGAAUCAAGCCAGCAGCUCACACUGAUCCCUAAUUGGCUGAACUUUUUGGCUGCAAAUCUAGAAGAUGUAACAUGUGGAGUUUUAUGUCCAGAGUGUUUCUCUUAAAGUGGCACUGUCGACUUGCGGCCACUUUGCAUAAUUUGCGCAGACUCAUGAUGGUGACUUCGCCACUCUUACGCAAUGGGUAAAUCUUCCGCUGUCUAGAAGUGCCAAUCUCCAACCGUCACCAGUGCAAGGAAUUGGUACUGUCUAUGGAGGAUCCUGCAGGACCCUCCAUAUACCUCAAUGUUGCAUUCUCGUGCAAGAGUACAUCAGUGUUGUCAUCUCCUGUCGCUGAAGCAGACCUGCUGGAAUUGUCCGCUAGACCAGAUUAGUGUAAUUUAAACUUGCGCUGCAUUAAAAUACCAACACUACAAACAAACAUGCCCCUACAUUUAAACACAUAACUUCACAUAAACACACACUUGCAUUCAAACACCAACACUACACACAAACAUACAACUGCAUUCACACACACAUGCUCCAUACAAAACAUGCCUACAUUCAAACACAAAUGCAAGUAUGAGAAAAAAGUAGAUCCAGCUUUAUCCCCUAUAAAGCAUUGUGUGAGUUGCACAACAGUUGGUCUACCUUUCGGCCUUUCUUGCGCAAGAGGAGGUCCAAAAAAGGUUCUUGUGCCAAGGCCCUCUCUGUAUUUUUUUUUUUUUUAAUAUCUAUUAUUAUACCAGCCUCAUGGGCAACUCCAGCUUCUUCCAACUGGUCCUCUUCUACCGACAACAAUGCUCUACUCUUGCACAAGAGUGCAGCAUUGAAUUCUUUGAGGAGUCUCAUCGGAUUGUCCAUAGACAGUUCAGUCAACAAUCAGUUUUCCUGGCACUGCAGGUCCUCCUCUCCCUCCCAAUCCCUGGUUGCUGAAGGGGUGAAAACCCCUUCAGGUCACUUACCUGAGACCCCGCCGAUGUCCCUCGGCGUUGGUUUCUGCUCACCACCGCUCCUGCCAGUCAUUACGUCGGCUGGUGGGCGAGACUGAUCCCGCCCACCGGCCAGGGAGGUGGAGUUAACCCUGCAAGGGAAUUAUUGCAGUUUAUAAAAAAAAAACUGCAAUAAUUACACUUGCAUGGUUAAGGGUUGUGGGAGUUGGCACCCAGACCACUCCAAUGGGCAGAAGUGGUCUGGGUGCCUGGAGUGUCCCUUUAAGCUGUAGUUGUUCUGGUGACUAUAGUGUCCCUUUAAAUGAACAGAAUAUUGUCAAUCGGCCCAAAAGGUGACUGUUAAUCUGUAUCGACAUUGCACCUGGAAAAAAGUAUAUCGGUCUCAGUAUAUCUUUUGCCUGGGAUGGAAUUUCACUGAAAUUCCAACAAAGUCAAUAAGAGUAUUUUCUAAAUAUUUUAUUUUUACGAAAUUCUCAUUUUGUAGGAGAGCGAGGUGAGAGUGCCAUUUUAAGCAGCUGUUUUUUUUUUUUAUUAAAAGUGGUCCUGUUGUCGAGCUUGUAAUUGCAAGUUGUAUCUUACUAGCCAGGCGUACUCAUCACUACAAAACUCCCUUUGCACUUCUGCAUAAUUUCUGCACAUGAGGAGGGCAGUUCUGCAGUGAGACCUAGGAAUAGGGCAGCAGGAUAUAUAGACACUUUGACCUCAAAUGGUUCAUGCACCAUGAAUCAUUUCGUAGCCUAGACUGUGGAUGCAUUAUUGGCAUUGCAGUAUGCAUUGUGUAGCGGUUAGUGGACUCCAUGAUUGUAGUCUUUAGCACUAUGCCAAUGAAGUAGCAGCAAAAGCUAAGAAAGACAGUAAUUAAAGGACCACUCUAGGCACCCAGACCACUUCAGCUUAAUGAAGUGGUCUGGGUGCCAGGUCCAGCUAGGCUUAACCCAUUCUUUUAUAAACCUAGCAGUUUCUGAGAAACUGCUAUGUUUAUGAAUGGGUUAAGCCUUCCCCCAUUCCCUCUAGUGGCUGUCUCAUUGACAGCCACUAGAGGCGCUUGCGUGUUUCUCACUGUGAUUUUCACAGUGAGAGCAUGCCAGCGUCCAUAGGAAAGCAUUGAGAAUGCUUUCCUAUGUGACCGGCUGAAUGCGCGCGCAGCUCUUGCCGCGCGUGCGCAUUCAGCCGACGGGGCGGAUCGGAGGAGGAGAGGAGGCAGAGAGCUCCGCCCAGCGCUGGAAAAAGGUAAGUUUAACCCCUUUUCCCCUUUCCAGAGCCGGGCGGGAGGGGGUCCCUGAGGGUGGGGGCACCCUCAGGGCAAUAUAGUGCCAGGAAAACGAGUAUGUUUUCCUGGCACUAUAGUGGUCCUUUAAUAUAAUGGGAAAAGCUUUUCACCUGUAUAAAUUUGCAAGUAUGUUUAUUAGUAUAAUGAUAAAAUUGUAAUAGUUUACGAUAUUAAUUACAGUGAAAUCAUGGAACCCAUACAUUAUUUGCAAUGCUGUGAGAACUACUUAUUUUAGCUUUGUUGAAAUCUAAAUCUUAUUCCUUACAGCAGGCAACAAGAAAUCGAAGAAAAACUCAUCGAGGAAGAAACAGCACGACGUGUGGAAGAAUUGGUUGCCAAGCGUGUAGAGGAAGAAUUGGAGAAAAGGAAAGAUGAAAUAGAAAGAGAGGUUCUGCGCAGAGUCGAGGAAGCUAAACGCAUCAUGGAAAAACAGUUGCUCGAGGAACUCGAGCGACAGAGACAGGCUGAACUAGCUGCCCAGAAAGCCAGAGAGGUAACGCUCGGUCGUUUGGAAAGUAGCCACAGUCCAUGGCAAAACUUUCUCAGUUUUUUCUUUUUUGGUUUUGCUCUCUUUGAUAUGUAAUGAGUAGGCAUUUCAUUUAUGGUGUUUAACACUUAACUUUCAGAGCUCUGAGCUGGUUAAAUGUCAUUGCUCUUUUCUUGUACCCUUUGGUAUAAAGGGGGUUUACAGCCUGUUUGUUUGGUUCCACUUCCCUCCUAUACCAAUGAGGUUCAUUGUAAGUUUGUUUAAUGUAUCAGAAACUUUUGCCAUGGCUGUAGUAUUUUAUACAUUUGAGUCCACUCCAAAUCCUUUAAUUGAAUACUGUAGCAAAUGUUGACUGAUGUGCCAUGCCAUUGAAAGAAAUGAAGCAUUUGGCCUAUGAGCUACAGUAACUGGAAAUGAACUUUUUUUUUAAUAUAAUUUUUUUUUUUUUUUUUUCAUGAACCAAUUGUUAGCCAUUUUGUUUCUUUUUUUCACAGCCCUGGGGUUUAUUUCCUUUUUAAUCUAAACUUUUAAGCACUCUUGCUAUUAAUGUGCUUAAUAAUUUUGUGAUAACCAGUUAUUUGUCCAAUCCAUUAACAAAUCUGAGUACCUAGUCAUAACAUCCUUUUCUCCUCUAGAUAUCUCUGAAGAGACUCUAAUCCAAAUUGUGUAUAUAAAAAUAUUGCUUUUCAGCAGGUGGAGCAAAAGCUGAAAGUAUAUCAGUUAUUGGCUACCGAAACCUAUUGUUUUCUGUACUGAUCACUCCAGAAUUGAUGCACAAUAAAUUUCCUUUACAGUUUUGACACAUUGCCAGAUUUGAAAUUGACUCGAUUCUACUCAGUGAGUUCAGAAUACUUAAUUAGGCAGUUAAUCUGCAUGUUUUAUCUAUUACAUCUAUUUCCCUUUAUUGUUUGGGUACUUGUUUUUACAUUUUUAGGCUUCUGUGUCUUUACUAACGUCUAACUAUGCGUCUUAUGCUUAAACAUAAGUUAUACGAUUAUGCUUUAAGUUGUAACAUAGAUAUAAAAAAAAAAAGUAAAGAAGGUUUUGCAUUCCCCCUAGUUGUAUGGGAAAUGGUUGAAGAAUGCAAAAUCAAGCGGUAGGCCUUGUGCUAGCAAAGUUGCGGUCAAACUUGUAGUCGUCAAAUUAAAGGUAUUUCAAUUGUUUCCUCCUUUCAGUGACUCCCUUACUCUGGUAAGGUAUUUCAAUGAAGUGUGUGGCAGAAAGGGAUAUAUACACAUGUAGUAAAAUAUGUACUAGAACUAGUCUGUAGAUUGACAUUCACCACAUGGCUGUAGCAACCAUCUAUUUCACAUGUUUCAUUUUCAUGCAGUACCAGAGGGCUCACCUGAUUGGAAGGGUGCAUAACAAUAAAAUAUCCUACUAAAUAUUUUUUUUCAUCUUCAGUUACUUUAAAUAUUAUUUGAUUAACAGGUUCCUGUUAAAUAUGCACUUUGUUAAUUACAGCAAUUUGUGGAGUUUUGUUUUGGCAAGCAUGUCACAAGCACACAUGCUGUAUUCAUCUACAUCCUUUGCCGUUGCCAUUUUACAUAUACAAUUUCCUCAUUGUGGUGUCUGCAUUAUUACUUCGCCAUUGAUAAGAAUAUGAAAAAUAGCUGAGACUUUUUGGAAUUUAUUUUAAAGGUGCAUUCCCCUUUAACGCAGACCUUUAAAAUGAGCUCAUUGUAUUUUGGGUGUAAAUAUUUAGCCUAUUUUGGAAGUAUGUGUAGUCGAUCUAUAAAACCAGAUCAUUUAAAACCAAAAGAGAGAUUACAAGCAUCUUGUUUAUUUAACUUUGCUUGUGUGAAUUAAUGGAUUGCACCUUUAAAGAAACAUAACAAUUUUCUUUUCUUUUUGUUUUUAAAUCCCCUGGUUCCUCAACAUAUGGAUUGAUAGUUGUGUUUGGUUAACAAUUAUUGUUUGUAUGUUAUGAAUUGUUUGCCUUAGGAAUGAUGAAUUAAAUAUUUUUGUUCCCUCUUACAAAUGAACAUCUGCAUUCCUCAGUUCAGCCUUCCUUUUAUGUUUCUUAUAAUUGGUUGAGCUGCCGAUGGCAGGUGUUGCCAAGCUAACAGUACAAAUCAUUUUAAAGAGGAAGCUGGCGCGUAUGGCAGCUGAGGAGCACACUCUGCAGGACACUGGACAAGACAGUAAAUAUUCAACUUUUAAUGCUGAUUAAAGGAGUAUAGGUAAAGAAUACGUAGGUAUACGUUAUUGGUGAGACAAAUUAUUCCCUUUAUCUUUAUAUUUAAUUUUUCUUUUUAAUUUCAUAAAUGCUACCCAGUUCUGUAGUUGUCCUUGUUGAUAUGUGUGACUUUUUUUAGACAUAAAAAAAGCAAAAUCUUUAAUGGUUAGGACUUGCUAGGGAGGGUUUAAUUGGUUGCUGUUUGGAUUGGGAGGGUUGAGCUGAAUUUAGUGCUAGAAGAUGUCUGUAGUGAAUUCUCAAUUUCAUGUUUUCUUUCUGUUUUGUUUUGGUUUUUGUUUGUUUUGUUUUUGGUUUUUUGAAAAAGAAAAAUGGUGGCUCUUGUGCUGCCCCUUAAAUCCCUAAAAGAGUUAAGGCAGAUUAUAGGAAGAUAAAAACAAAUAAAUACCACCUGUUUUUAAUAUUUCCUUGUGUCCUCCAUUUAGGAAGAAGAACGUGCUAAGCGUGAGGAGCUAGAGCGAAUACUUGAAGAAAAUAACCGUAAAAUUGCUGAUGCACAGGCUAAACUGGUAAGACUUUUCUUUCUAUUUGUAAACCAAUUUUUAGUGGAAUUACCUAUCCAGUUCAAUUGGCUACUUUCUGAGAGAUAGAUAUAUAUUUAUAUAUAUAUCUUUUUUUUGCAGUGUAACAAUUUACAAACAUGCCAUGACAUCGUUGACAAGCUUUCAAUAGCACACAUAUUUAUACAUAGGUUUGGCAUGUAAGGGAAGUGCACUAUUUUAAAAUAUAUUGAGAAUAAGUGUGAAUCAAAACAGAUAGAAAUGAUAAUUCUACUGAGAAUUUUGAUUGCACAAAAGGAAAACAAGGAGAAAGCCACCAAGUAGAUUAGUCACUAAGCUCAUGACAGUAGUGCUUUAAGUCAGGAUGCAUAAGAUAGACAAACUGUAAUUAUGCAUUAUGCUGCAAACAGUAGCUUGGAAAAAUAAUAGUGGUAACUGAGCAAGUGUUUAUGCUCGGGUCAGCUGAACACAGUCAACUCAGCCCACACCUGUAUCUGCAAAUCUGGGUUUAGGAAGGUGCGUUAGGGGAAAAAAAGGGCUUACUGGGGCGCAGCAUCGUGCAGCAUCACCGCAGCCCCAGGCGUGAUCGGGAACCAGCUUCAAACACCAGCAGGCCCCCUCAUUAUCUCUAAACAGAAGCCUCCGGGUCCCGGGUGGCGGUACUGUACUCUGGUGUGUGGGUUGCGGAUGGUUAUACGUAACUUGGUUCCUCGCUGAGGAGAACGGCACUGAACAGAUACAUUGGCUGGGGGCUGUGCUGGAAACGGUCAGUGUAGGCUGCUUUCGACGAUCUUCCCAGCUCCUCCAAAACUGCUGACACGUGGCUUUAAACGAUGCAGAAAAUUGUGUUUCCCAUUUUUGAGCAGCAGUAGCUGUGCUGUCUGCCAUCUUGGACAGGCCACAUGUAAGCCUCCUUCACAGGAGUAAGUAUAUACUUGGUGGAGGCUGGGACAACACCAACCAGCCCAGAGGAGAGGGUGGGUGGGCGGGGGUAGUACGGGACUCUGAGCAUCCACAGAGAAGCAAAUCCAGGGCAUCACAGUCAAAGAAAUCGGACGAUUUUCCCACCAGGCCACAACAGGUUAGAGGCCUCAGCCGCUCUGCACGUGAAUGACCGGUUCGGAUACCCACUUCAGAUUUGCUCAGAAGUACCAGACGAGGGUACUCGUGGUAAAAGUCCAGUUUUAGGGAUUGUUCACCGUUAAAGUUGCUUUUAAUGCAAGAUUGGUCUGGAGCUCAGUGUAUCCGUGACACCGCCCCUCACCUUCAUAGCUUUUUUAAAAACACAUCAAAGCCCAUUCCUAACCAUAACUAAUCUCCUUUUCACCCAUCACUUAAAGGGACUCAAACAUGUAUUCCUGAUUCUACAGUGUUAAAAAAAAAAAAAAAAACAGGUUAGCCUCUCCUUACCUCCCUUAAAUAACUAGAAAACUCUCCUUAGUUCCGCUCUGGCUCCUCCCCAAAUCCGCAACCUUGGCUGACAUCAGAAUUGAUUAUUUCAUCGGCAAGCAUUGGAUUUGUUGAGAUAGUCAAUUCUUAUGAUCUCGGCCAAGAAGGCGAAGCCAACCGCGCCUCCCUUGCCAAUCUCCUCGUAGGGAUGCAUUGGAGUGCAUCUCUACAGGGAAAGUUUAGCACUUAAUGUCAGUGCUGUACACUCUGCAGCACUGACCAUUAAGCAACUCUAGUGACUAGUUUUUCUCUGAAAAGGCAGUAUGUAGAUUGAAUAGCCUGCAGGGGCAUGCUGUACACACCAGUUAAGCUGUAGUUGUUCUGGUGACUUUAGACAUGUAAUUUUUAUUUUAAUCUUAUUAUAAGAUUAUACUUGAUUGCAGGGUUUUAAAAGUAAAAAUAAUCUGAUACAAUUAUUUCUAUAGCGCCAGCAUAUUUGCAGCGUUCUACAAUAAGAAACAAGACAAACAUUUAAUUCUAACAAAACAUGACUUAUGGGAACAGUAGGUGCAGACAACCCUAUCCAAAAGAGCUCACAAUCUAAAGUGAGUUAUCAUUUAUUUAUUUAUUUUUUCUGGUCUAGUGCAAUCCCGUGUGGACAUUUUAAAGGAACACUAUAGUGUCAAGAAUACAAACAUGUGUUCCUGGCACUAUAGUUUUAAUAUCGAUCUUAAGGUUUCCGCACCCCUGUUUAAUAAGGUGCUUUACUCACCUUAUUUCCAGCACCGCACCGGUCUCUUCAUAGCUGGCCCCACCUCCUUGACUGACAUCAUUUAGCAAUCUUUACCAAUCCAAUGCUUUCUUAUGGGAAAGAAUUGGGAGGCUUUUGUGCAUACGCAGCAAAAUGCUGCGCCUUUCCGCAUUUCCUCAUACAGAUGCAUUCAAUCAAUGCAUCUUUAUGGAGCUCAUUCAGUGCUUCCAUGCAGAGCAUGGAGAAGCUGAACAUCAGCACUGACCCAGGAAGCACCAACUAAUGUCCGUCUGAGUGACCGCCACUAGAGGUGUUACUAGGCAGUAAUGUCAACACUGCAUUUUCUCAAAGCAGUGUCCAUUUUAAUAAAAGAAAGCCCAGUACAGAAACACAAUGUACAGUAUGUGAAUUUCAUGCCUAUGCAUAGCCACCUCCCAAACUAAAUUGCAGUGUGCUUCUCUUCUUCGGUUUGUUAGUAUAUGACUAUCGUGAAUAUAGAUCUACUGUUAUGUCUUCCUGAUUCAAGCCUUGGACAAAAGCGGAAGGAGAGGGGCAGAGCUAAUGGCACUAGACUCAACUCUUCUUUAAAGGACCACUAUAGUCGGCAUGUAAAAGCAAGAAAGACAGGUCCCCUCCAUCUAUAUAUAGUGUUUGCAAUCAAACACACACAUUAUGAAUAUAUUGUUAGACAUACACACAGUCAUUUUUCAUAUUUCUAUAUAUCUCUUUCUAUCUAUCCAUUUCUGUCUGCUACUCGCGCUCUCACUCACUCACAUUCACUCUUUCCCUCACUUUCUCACACUGAUAAGAUGAAAUAAGGGUUAACUGGCAGCACCCGGGGACAGGGGGUUGAGAUGAGUGGGAACUGGCAGCACCGGGGGCGGUGAGAUGAGAGGGUAAAUGGCAGCACCGGGGGCGGUGAGAUGAGAGGGUAAAUGGCAGCACCGGUGGGGGGUAAAUGGGAGCACCGGGAGCGGUGAGAUGUGGGGGUGUAAAUGGCAGCACUGAGGGUGGGGGGGUGUAAAUCUCUGGGUAUUUUAGCUGUGGCAGAACAGUACCAGCUACAUUAUAUAAUAUGGAUUAUACUACUUGACCAGCCCUGACCAGAUUCACCAUGCUCCUACCGAAUCUGUAGCAUCUUCCUUCCUUCUCUUAGACCUACAACUUCUGUUACAGUGAUCAGACCACACGCUCUCCGCUCAAAUCCUGCCUUCCCAAAGGAGGCCAUGUCCCUUACCCUCAGCAGGGCUAAAAGCUCUAUUUAAAAAAAAAAAAAAACAGCGUGCCUAAUGUGCAGAACGGCAUGCAACGGGUGUUGGGUGAUAUAAAUUCACCGUGCCUGUGUAUUAUAUUUGAGAGAUUGCUGAUCGCUUCCUGUAUGGUGAUAUGUGUUAAGGUCUCUAGCACAGGGCUCAACAUAUACAAGCCAGCCUUAGAAACUGGUUUGGCCCUCCAUAUGCUCUCCCAUGCAGCUUUCUGACUGACAGCACUAGAAGGAUGUGACAUCACAUCUGCUCAGUACUAUGAGCUCAAAAUUCCAGGUAAUAGUCUGGUCUAGGAAGUUAACUCUGAAUCAGAUUUUGUUUUGUCCUCUUUGAGCAGUGUCCGGUGUAUGAAUGGAAGUGGUGGGUAUAUUGUGAGAGUUUAAUGUGUAUUAAUAAAGUGUGUAUGUGAGACUUAAAUAUGUUGUGUGUAUGCAAGAGUGUUAGUUUGUGUGACUAUAAGGGAGAUUUUAUGUGUAAAUAAAGGGGUAUUUUGUAUCAGCCUUGUCAUUUAACUGACAGUUUAAACUCUUUAAUUUUCAGGCUGAGGAGCAAUUGAAAAUUGUUGAAGAACAAAGGAAAAUACAUGAGGAACGGAUGAAAUUAGAGCAAGAGAGACAACGUCAGCAGAAAGAAGAGCAAAAAAUUAUUUUGGGCAAGGGAAAGUCAAGACCAAAAUUGUCUUUUUCAUUGAAAAGCCCAGAUUAACAGGGGCCACUGAACAUUUUCUCAUCAAAUCAAGACUAUGUAUGAUAGCUUCAUGUUGAAGUGUAUUUGUUUUUUUUUUUUGUUUUUUUUUAAUGGUUUUUUUUUAAUGGUUUUUUUUUAUGUUUGUUUUUUUUUUUUCCCAAAGUCUGGACUGGAAUGUCAGUUUGUUAUAAAAGGGGCUGUGCUCUGAAUCCCUUAUUUUUUAUAUAUAAUUUGUUGAAUGAAAUAUGUCAAAUCCUUACCAGAUCACUACCAAGCAUUUCACAAAUUAUGUAUCAUUACCUCUAUAGAAAUCUUAAUACAUUGCUAUGUGGUCUGAUAAGGUUUUAACUGACACGUCUAGUAUAAUUCUCCUCCUGCCCCUCAGACAUGCGGUUUCCUCUAAUCUGAAAUUUUACAAAGCGUUAGGUUGGUGUUUGCAUCCAUAAAGUGCCACAGUAUUUUGGAGCUUUGUAGUGUAUUAUAAAAUGUCCUUAUAAUGCUUUUCCACUUGCCCUUGAUGUUCCUGGUACAGGUAAGGAUAUCGGUGAUUUAAAAAAAAAAAAACCUCUCCCGGAGUCUCUCUAGUACAGUAUUGUCCGUUAAGAAAUGUUUUUAAAUACAUUAUUGCAACCCAGCCAGCGCUCAGCUAUGUAAAAAAAAUAACACCAAUUUGCUGAAUAAAGUCUUAAGUGCUUCACAUAUGGUUGUGAAUGUUUUAAAGGUAUUUAUUAUUGGAAUGAAAACACACAUUCAGCAUUUUCUAAGGCAAAACCUUUUAGGUGUUUGUGUAUUUAUCUAUUUUUCCUUGCUGUUCUAUGAAUGUUGGUUUUAUGCUAACUGCAUCCCAUAUUGCAGCUGUAGUAUCAUGUUUAAACAGCUGUUUGAUUUAACUGCCUCAGACAAAUACCUAGCGCCUCCUAAUUAUAACAUAAAAAUGCAUGCAGUAGCAAUCAAGUAAAUUCAUCAUCUUCAAUAGAAAGAGCAUUUUGGAAGCUAAGAAAUGUUUCUGCAAAUGAAGAGCAGUCAUUGCAGGAGCUACAAAAUACAGGUCCCAUCAAUGCAAAUGUUCAACAAUUAAAUUUUCUCUCACAAAACCGCUAUACAUGUGUUUUCAUUCAAGCAGAAAAGCUUCACAUUGUGUUUUCUUUUCUGAAAGGAUUUAUUGUAAGUGUCCAUGUCCUCCAGAAUCUGUAAAAUAAACUUUUUUUUUUUUUUUCAUGGGUUUUAUUUUAACUUUUAAGUAUGUAUAUUUUAAUUUUGGUAUCCAAAGCAACAGUUUAUUUUUAAUAGGUGUGGGUCUGCUCUAAAAUAAAACAUGAACUGCAUUUUGUGACUUUUGUACCAAGCAUCUGUGUAGUAUUGUAUUUUGUAUUUUUUUUUAUGGCUUUUUUUUUUUUUUAUAUAUAUAUCUAAGUCUCACUUUUUUAUGUUCGUG